AGCAGGUGCUCCCCAUGCCCUGCACCCUGCCCGACACCUGGCAGCCGCCAAUGCAGCCCUCCCAAGACGCCGUGCUGCUCUCGGAGGACCAGGGGCACCCAGCGCCCACCGACGUCUGCCACCACCCCGCCACGGCUCCGCUCACCUGCAGCGCUGCCUCGCUGCAAUCAGGCCGUGAGUUCAGGGGCUGCAGGGCGGGCGGCAGGCUGUCUACUCCACGGGGCUGUGGGAAAGCUGGCAUUGCCCCACUGGGGAUGCUCUUGUUUGGCCAGCAGUGACAACGAGUGCAGACACCCUGGAGGACGUCGCCGAGGACAUGGCUGAGCUCCUGACGUGGAUCAACGAGGGUGAGGCUGGGGGCAGCAGAGCUGGCGGGGGGUGCUCGCACCGAGCGGGCAUGGGAAAGCUGGCAGUGCCCCUCUGGGCAUUUUCUUCCUUCCCCAGAAGUGACAGCCAACCCAGGCAUCCUGCACGACACCACAGACAUGGACGAGCUGCUCACCUGGAUCAACAGCGGUGAGUUUGGGAGCAGCACAGCUGCUGGGGGCUGUCUGCGCUGAGCGCCUGCGGGAAAGCUGGCAUUGCCCCACUGGGCAUUUCUUCCAUUGCCCAGAAGACACACCCAGCACCAGCACUCUGGCCGGCGAUGCCGAAAUUGACCCUUUGCUCGCCUGGAUGGAUGGUGAGUUUGCGGUCUGCACAGAUGACCAGUGGGUGUCUGCACCAAGCAGGGGUGGGAAGGCUGCCAUCAUCGUUCCGGGGCAUGUUCUGCUAUUCCAGAAGCUGCGAGUGCUCUGCGCAGCUGCAGAAGGGAGGGGCUGGCGCAGCGCACCACUGCCACACAACCACCGAGCCCACGUGCCUCCAGCAGCCUCAACUCCUCUUCCAUUGCAGAGCUGCCUCACUCCACCAUGGCCAGCCGGGAGCUCAGCAACAACAAAGAUGCUGAACCUGGGCUCCUCAACAACUCACGUGGGCACCAGGCAGCAUCCCCUCAGCUGCCCGUGCCGAGCCCCCUGGCUGCUCCCGCACCGCCAUCGCCAAACAACGCACACCCGAUGGAAGAGGUGCUGCGAAGGCAGCCCCGGGUGAUUCUCACCCGCCUGGCACUGCCCAGCCCACUGGCUGCCCCUGCACCUCCUGCACCUCGCACUGCACACCCCAUGGCAGAGGUGCUGCGAAGGCAGCCCCAGGUGAUUCUCACCCGCCUGGCACUGCCCAGAGCACUGGCUGCCCCUGCACCUCGCACUGCACACCCCAUGGCAGAGCUGCAGCGGAGGCAGCCCCGGCUGAUUCUCCCCCGCCUCGCACUGCCACCCGGCUGCAUCUCCUGCCGGCUGGCACACCAGCACCCAGGGCACAGCACCGAGCCGGCCAAGCGCCCCGUGCCUCCUCUGCUGCGCGCUGGGCGGCUCGUGGAAGAGGCGCCGCACAAACAGCCCCACGUGCUGCUCAGGCGCCUCGCACUGCCAGCCGCAUGCAUCUCCUGCCGGCUGGCACACCAGCACCACGGGGACAGCACCGCGCCGCCCACCAGCCCAACGCCCGCCUGCACCACCACCAGAGGACAGAGCACCGCGCACAGGCAGCACGCUGCCAGCAUCCCAGGCACACACAGGAAGCUGCCGCGCUGCCACCGUGCGCCACGCCACAAACGCCGGCGCUAGGCCAAGCUGCCGCUGUCAGCACGGCGGCCAGCACCAGGACUCGGCACGGUUAUGGGCACACAGCAACACAGCAACAACCCUUCCAGCAGCACCAGCAGCAGCACAAACAAACACCGAAAAGAAUGCACCGCCAGGGCAAAGCACAGACGCCCACCGAGUCUGGAGCAGGACACAAGCUUAGCAUCCGUGCCUGGGAGGAGGAAAGGGUAGCUACUGGGCAUGCUGCUUCCUCCAGCACAGGUGCAACUGCAGGGCCGCCAGCCCAGAAGCAGCCUGCGGCUGCCAGUCACAGCAAAGCAUCUCUCUGGAGGAAGCCAAAGCACUUGCAGUCAUGCCAAGGAGGAGGGAA